AUGAGGCACGCAGUGUGGGAACACUUCGAAGAGAUCGAGCCGCGAACGAGCUCCAAAACGCACCCGAAGGCCAAGUGCAACUACUGCAACGAGCAGGUCAGGGGGCAACCGAAGAGGUUCCUGAUUCCUCAUCUUCUCAAGAAAUGCCUGCAGGCUCCACCAUCCGUGAAACAGCAACUACAAGGGCCUCAGAUCCAGCGGAGUAGCUUAACGCCAACGACUCCAGCGUCCGAAGAAGCGUCCGACGUCGAGCUGGAGUCCGAGGUGGCUGCGGAAGGCUUGGAGUUGGUGAUCCAAUCCCCGCAACCUCAAGGUUUGCGCUCCCAGACCCAGUUGCAGCGCCUGGAGCUUAUGAGACUCAAAACCAACGUCGCCAAGUACCGGGCCAAGGCGAUGGAGGCUGAGUUCAUGGCGGAAAAGCUGGCCGUUUGGAUCAAGCUGAAGGAUCUCGGAGUGCCGGACGACGAGAUCGAGCGAAGUUUGCCUUCUCUGUAA